AUGGCGUGUGCCCCUCCUGCUGCCCCACCUGUCACCCACCUGCUGGCCCCGGGCUGUCUCUGCUCCUGGCUCCCCUCCCAGCUGCGUCCCCAGCUGCCUCUCCAGGGAGGAGUGACAGCUGGCCUGUGCCACACCCUCGAGCCCCCCCCGAACUACCCCCUCCCUGGGGCAGGACCCCUGCCUGUGGCACAACCAAGGGGCCUGCUGAUGGGGGCUCAUGUGAGCAGUGCCCCAGCUGUGGGUGUGGGUGCUGCCAGCUGCCACCGCCUUUGCCCUGGUUUCCCAGAUAGACCCCGACCCACACUCCGAAGCUGUAUCAUGAAUGCUGUGGAGACCUGUGGUCAGGCCUGGAGGAGAAGCUCCUCCUCUCCUCGACAUCCUCCCUGCAGCCCUUGCUCUUCACCAGAGCCUCCUGACUCCCCAGGACCCCAGAGAGGACUGACCCUCUCCAGCCGACCUCUGGGCUCAGGACAGCUGGGUGGGGCAGCCACAGGAGCUGCCUGUAGGGAGCAGAGUCGGGACGGGGACCGAGCCGGACACCCAUUCUGGAAGUGUCUGCACUUCCAGACUGCUGGUGGGACCCCCAAGCUAGCCCGCCAGGCCUCCAUAGAGCUGCCCAGCAUGGCCGCGGCCACUACCAAGAGUUGGUGGGAGACGGGUGAGGUACAGGCUCAGUCUGCGGCCAAGACUCCGUCCUGCAAGGAUGUUGUGGCUGGAGACAUGAGCAAGAAAAGCCUCUGGGAGCAGAAGGGAGGCUCCAAGACCUCAUCAACAAUUAAGCAUUCCGGUCCCUGGAGGAAACAUCAGACAAACACAGAUGGAGGGACCUUCAAGGACUGACCUGAACUGUUCUUCGGUGUCAACCCCAUGAUAGACAAAAAGAGGCAGAGGAACUGUUCCAGAUUAAGGGAGACUAAAAAGGUAUGACAGCUGGAUCAGGGGAAACGUGCCUUAAAGGGCAUUAUUGGGACUGUUGGCGAAAUUUUAAGUGAACUGUAUAUUAGACAAUGAUCAAGGACUACACGAUUGUAUGGCAUCAACCUCAAAUUCCCCGAACUUGAGCACUAGAGUCUUCUUGUUCUGAUGGAAUAUGUUCUGAAAUGUUUAAGGGAGAGGAGAAGGAUGCCUGCAACUGAAUUUCAAAUGGUUCAGGGAAAGAUAAUAGAGUAGAAUAAACUAUAUAGAUGGAGAAAGUAAAUGUGGCAAAUAACAAUUGGUGAAGGUGGGUGAAGGGCAUGAAAGUUCUUUGCCUUACAAUUAAUUCUUCUAUAAGUCUGAAAUUAUUUGAAAAUAAGAGAAAUGCUUUCAGCUGUGAAUAACUGAAAGCCUGACUACUUGUGGCUUUUGCGAUAAAGACAUUUAGUUAUGUAACAUAACAGGAUUUAAGAGGAAGAGGGCAAGGACUUGAAAAGGCUCAGUGAUGUAGCUGAGGCCCCAGAUUCCUUUUAUCUUUUUGUCCAAAGGCUCCACCUUCCUGAAUAUUACUGCUUUAUACCCU